AGUGUGAAGUAUGCAAAAUCUUGGUCUCUGAAGUGGAGGAUAGACUUCAUAGGACCUCGUCCCACGACCGUCUUGAGAUGGGCCGUUUUGGUCAGCAGCAAAAGAAAGCUGUAAAAUACAACAAGUCUGAAACAAGACUGAUUGAAGUUCUGGAUGAAGUAUGUGACCAGGUACUUCUGUAUAAGGUUCAUGCAGAGAGGCAGGGAAGUCUAAGAUAUGCCAAGGGAGAGAGCGAGACAAUGCGAACACUCAAGGGGCUUAAGGCAAAAGGUGUUAAGGUAGAACUUGGUAUUCCAGAUGAGAUGUGGGACAGUCCUCAUGCUGAAAUCUCACAAGUGAAGAAAAUGUGUGAACUGAUGAGAGAGGAGUAUGAGGAGGACAUAGAGAAUUGGUUUUUCUACCAUGAUGAUGAACCCCUCACCAAGUUUUUAUGUUCCCAGAAAGUGUUAUCCAAAGAUGAAGACGGAUGUCUUUCUGAGACACUAACGGAUGAGAAAUCAGUAGAUACUCCAGCUAAACCGAAGUCCAAAACGAAAAGGAAGCAUAGAAAAGGUGAUGAUGGAAGAAAUGGUCUAAAAGAUGAGUUAUGAUGGUAACAUCCAAAUAAUUACAUAAUUGCUUUUGUACAGUCUUCUUAUCCAUUCUUAUAUAAUUAUUGGGUCUUUAUAAAGUGGAAUAUUGUAUUUUAGUGAACCUGAUUUUGCUAAUGUGAUAUGUCAUAUGCAGAAAAUAAAUUCAUAAGUAUGUGAAAAUCUAUUAAGGA